CCAUCUAUUUACCCCAACCGUGCACCGGGUUAAUACUUUUGUAAUCAACACAACGCAGCCGUCUAAUCCGACUACAUGCGUGUGCCUCGAAAUACAAAUUUCAGAUCAUCGACGAUGCGAUAAACGCCCUUCGCGUUUGGGUCCUGCAAGGUGGUACGACCCAAUAUGCACCACGCGCCCGAACCCCACUACAGCUUCACGAUUCCGAGCAUCCACGACGAUACCCCCCUCGAUUGCCGCAUUUACCACCCAAGCAUCCUAUUACAGGUACACUCGGGGGCUACCGAAGAUCACAAGCGAUGGCGGAGGAGAGGAAUCGUCAUGGCGCACCCCUACGCGCCCAUGGGCGGUAGCCAUGACGAUCGCAUUGUCGGAAUUGUGGUGGCAGAAUUUCUGGCGUUGGGAUAUGUGGUCGGCACGUUCAAUUUCAGGGGAGCUCACGGCUCGAAAGGUCAUACGAGCUGGUCUGGAAAGCCUGAAGCCGACGAUUACAUCUCCUUCGCUGCGCUCUUCAUCCUCUAUCUAUCACAACUCCGCGCAUUCCCGUCCAUAGACGCAAACACACCCACGGAAUCUUCGGUGUCAACACCAGCAUCGCCGCGUACCGAAGCGUCAUCAUACACAACCGACGAAUACCCAAUCGUCAUCCUAGGCGGCUAUUCCUACGGCUCGACGAUCCUUCGCAGUCUCCCCCCCAUACCGUCGAUUCUACAACCCUUCCAUGCGCCGGUACAAGGGUCCUCUGCAUCUGAGAUCAUCCUCCGUGCACAUAAACUAUCAGAACAGAUCAACCAGGACUGGCUCACUCUGGCACGAGACUACCACUACCGUAGAGGUCGCGGCCACGAGGCCAAGCUCUCCGUCACGAUGGGCGGCGAAGAGACAUGUCCCGAGCAGCGGCGGAACAGCAGAGAGAAUCGGUCCAGCGUAGACGGCACCGGUAGAUUAGAGCUAGGCACGAGAUUACGUAGCAUGAGCCAUCUGAGGGUGAAGGAAGCGUUGGGCCCAAUUGCGAAGGCGACCACGGCCAACGCCCCAGUGACCAGGGCGUCCAUUGAGAUGCCUGAUGUGCGUUACCUACUCAUUUCGCCCCUCACCUUCCCGAUAUCUACUCUAGCAGCCCCAGGUCUGGCAGGGUUGCCGAACAUGGGACUCAAAUUCUGGAGCAAAGAGAAAGACGGCGACAGUGAAGUCUUUGGCAAACAUAAAUGCCUCGCGGUCAAUGGCGAUCAAGAUAUUUUCACAAGCGCUAAGAAGAUCCAGCAUUGGGCUGAGAGGAUCAGCGAGGAGUCUGGGUCGGACUUCACGCAUGUUGAGAUUGCAGGCGCUGGGCAUUUCUGGGUGGAGGAGGGAGUGGAGGAGCAGCUCAGAUCUGCUUUGAGGGAUUGGGAAGUGCAUAUCCGCGACUGAGAGAUAUCGGUCAUCAUGAUUGCUUGGUUUAAAGCUGCAUCCUCCGAGCGUUCACGCAAAUAGAUGAAGCAAGACCAUAUACGGACAGGGAAACUCUGCAACGAAAAACAUGAUUUUAUUGGUUACCAUUAUAUUGAAAGUGUGUGUCAAUUUGAAACCAGGGCAUGAUGUUGAAUAUGCACUCAGGUAAACGAUGCGAACGGCAGUCCCACCUUUUCCUUGAUGAGAUCCAUUGCCUCUAUCAAUUUUUCGUCUUGGAACCUUUUCGCGACGAGCUGG